AUGAAGUCCAAUCAGGAACGAAGUAAUGAAUGUUUGCCCCCAAAGAAGCGGGAGAUUCCUUCCUGCACAUUACCAUCAGAGUGCCACUCAUCCCCCACUAUGCUGCCCCCUAGUGAUCCUCCCCGCUCAGAGAGCCUGCCCUGGCUUUUAAGUGGUAAUGGUGAAGGGCUGAAGCGUGGCAAGGAUACCUUCCUCUCCUCGUCCUCAGUCAGGCCAGUCUCGUCACACCCCACACUCUACACAUCUCCCCAAAGCACCGCUGCAGGAACGGUCCAUUACACACAACUGCCUCCAAACCUGCAGUUCAUCACCUCCCCGUACCCCACCUCGUACCCUGGCUACAUUUCCCCCCAGAUAUUCCCCCCUCCUCCGCCCCCACCGCAGAGACUCGCCCACUCCGACAGACCGCACCUCACUCACACAGACUCAACACACACCAAACAAGAGCGCUCCAACGCACGCACCUCCAUGCCCCCACCCUCCACAGACUCUGUUGCACCACACCACUUCCAUCACAGAACGGCAUCUUCUGCUCACCACCAAGGAGCUUCUCACCAUGCAUCCCAUUCACUGCACUCCCAGCAUGCAAUGGGGCACAGCAUGUCUCAAGUUUUGUUGCAGUAUGCUGAAGGGCCCUCUCGAAAGGACGAAGGGGGUUCAAGAACUCGAGAGCUGCAUAAUGGCGAGCUUGAACGGGGUCGGCGGUUUGAGUCAAAGUCUGGGAACAAGAUGCGUGACUCGUAUGAAUCCCAUCAACGUGUUUCAUCUAUAGACUUUACUACCCAUGAUCCUUCAGGGCACAGAAUAUCCAGCAUACUUAUGCCCAACAGCCACGGUGACCACUCUCUGUCCAGAGCUAGCCCUGAUAAGUAUUUAUCUUCACAAAUGGAAAGAGGUAGCAUUCUAUCGGGAAAACCGGUCAGGCCCCCCUCAUCGUGCAGCAACACGUCUACGUUUACGUUUCCAGCCCCACCCCCUCCUAUUGUGGGCAGUCCUAAGCCCCCACAGACUGUGAUCCAGACGACACACAGCUCCACAGAAUCACUGUCCCUCGGCCUGCCCUUCUCCCAGCAGCCCAUCAUCGGGUACCUUGCAGGGACUCAGCACUGCCUCCCUCAACACUUGCUCAUUCCUGGUGCCCAGCCUGUCAUCAUCCCUGUGAGCGGGGCAGUCACUUCUCUGGAGACUUCCCAGGUCGCCUCAUCCACCCAUGCACCUUUCCCCGCCAAGAGUGACCCUCUGGGUUUGUACCAGGCUGCGACUGGUGCUGUGGUUCAGGGACAGUUACAUCUCCCCAUCAUACCUGCGUCUCCAGGACUGGUCACUUCCUCCGGGCCCCCUCCUUCUCCCUCUGCAUCCAACGCUCCAUUACCCCAUGCGCUGCCUCCAUACUUCAUCAAGGGCUCCAUCAUCCAACUGGCCGACGGGGAGCUGAAGCGUGUGGAGGAGCUGAAGACCGAGGAUUUCAUCCAGAGUGCAGAGAUCAGCAGUGAACUCAAGAUCGACUCCUCCACCGUGGAGCGGAUCGAGGGCAGUCGAACCUCUCCCAACCUCGCAGUGGUGCAGUUUGCUGUGGGCGAGCACCGAGCGCAGGUGAAUGUGGAAGUCCUGGUGGAGUAUCCCUUCUUCGUCUUUGGCCAGGGCUGGUCUUCUUGUUGCCCCGAUCGGACAACGCAACUUCUGGAAUUGCCUUGCACUAAACUGUCUGUCGGCGACGUCUGUAUCUCUCUCACUUUGAAAAACGUGAGGAACGGCUCUUUAAAGAAGCCCGGAGAGCUCGCCACACUGCCUCUCAAACCCCAAAACCACCGCUCAGGCCAGAAGGAGAACGGAAUCAACCAGAGAGGGAGCAGCGGUACUGUUGAGAACGGAGAGGUCCCGCUUGGAGACAGACAAGGCCAAAGCGACGAUAGUUCCAGGAGGAAAUCCAGCGGCCGGAAGAGGAGGUGGUCCGCUCCGGAGGGCCGUAAAGUGGAGCGAACGGAGGAGGAGCCGCCUGCUACUCUGCCCAAACCCAACUUCAUUCCUCACGAGGUCAAAGUCAGCAUCGAAGGGAGGUCCAACAUCGGCAAGUGA